GGUACGGGAGUCUGCAAAAGUAUGUUUGCCAUAAUUGCUGCCCAAGAGUUUUUCAGUUUCCGUGAACUGCGUUUGUAAUAACGCAGUAGUUUUGCAAAAUAUUGUGGAAAACGUUAGUUAAGUUAGCUUUUCAAUAGUUAUUUGUUGAGUGUCCGUGUUUGCUCAUGAAGGUAUCUAGUGGUCAGUUGAAAAUAUGUGCCAGUCCUUGAAAAAUAUGCUGGGAGAAAACUUACUCCAAGAUGGAGUAGCAAAUGCAUAAACCGUAUUGGCCCCAGGGAUCGACGGUCGACAAUAGUGACAAGCAAUCGGAAAUUGCACCGAUAGGAAUGCUGAAAACCCUUAUCCAUUUAAGAUCUACUCUCAAAACAUGAAAUUAUCCGAUGAAUCUUGCUUUGGAAUGGGUUAAGGAUUUUGAUUGCAUUUUUUUUCCUCUGCACUUGUCGUCGCACCUACACAUGCAAGAAAGGCGAGGCGUCUGCAAAAUGUAAACAAGUCAACAGAGCAACAAGGCGAUGAGCUUAAACAGUGCAGCCAGUCUUUCGACCUAGGGGCGUUCCACAUAGGGGGCAUUCAGGAUAAAAUAGCACUUCAGUAUUAUUAAAUUUAGGCCAAUCGUUAGUUUUAAUAAGAAAUCUUCAGUAUGCAGUGGUACUACAAGCUUUUAGCACGCCGACCGCACUUGGUUCUUGUUUCGGUUGGAGUUUUUUCUGUGGCCUGUAUUGUGGUGGCUCUGAUCACCAAGAAGCUUCCGGACUUUGACGAUCCCACACUCGGGUUCGAAGCUCGGGGCACCUCGAUCGGUAAACGUUGGACCGCAUGGCGAAACCUGCUAGAGGAAACCAGUCCCUCGGGUCGUCUGUUGGCCAAUCCAAAGGAACUUAUGGAGCAAAACAUGAUAGAUUUAGGCUCAGGUUUCCGGCAUACCAAGCGGAAGAAGGAUCGCAAAAAACACUCGGGCGGUAGAAAACGAAACAAGUAUAACAAAAACAUACGUAUGCUUAAGGAGUUGGCGUUCAACAAAUCGACCAAUGGGGAGCUGAUAAGCUUUGAGGAGUUUGACAACGACACUUUCAACAGUCGACACGAUAACUGGGAGUACGGUAAAAAUAUGUCUUUCUAUGCGGAGGAAGUAGGUAACAAGACCAUGGAAAAGAAACGGGCCAAAUGGUCUACUUUGCUGAAGCUGAACCCUCCACCGGACUCCGUCGAAAUGCAUAUCCCGGCAGAUGGGUUCUUCUGCGAGUCUCCAAAUAAAGAAUACGCGCACUUUGUGGUUCAACGGGUCAAUUACAACCUGAACGAUACGCUGUUCGAGUUGAAUGCGUUUCUGGCCAUGUGCGAUUUAGAGCAGCGUAUCGUUAGCGCUGAUUAUUACCCUGGAAUCUGUCAGAAAGAGCUGACCAGCGACAAUUGCUGCCGACCUUGGUCCAUCGUGAACUACGUAACGUUUCUGUCCAACAAAACAUCCUGCUUCGAGCUUGAUGAAGAGGAUAUAGCCAUGGCAAAAACAUUGCUGUUCGAUUGCUUCCAAUAUUAUCACAAUAUGAAACUGAGCAACGACUGCAUACGGUCCAGAUGCGUGGUGCCGCAGGAAUGCAAACAACACAAUGCAGUAUACAAUAUACUGCACUAUUUAGCGGAUUCAUACUUCAUUAAAUUGAAUGAGUCGUCAGAGUUUCUUAACGCAUCGAUGAUUUUCUUGCCGAUCGCUAGGAGCACCAAAUCGAUGGACUUUUAUCAUAGUCUUCAAAAAGAGAAUCUGGCGAACGAUUUAGUGGCUGUCGUAGCGAUGGAUAUGGGCCUCAAAAAUGCUCUCUUUGACGAAUGUUUGUUACGCGACGGAUGGUUAGUCGGGCUGGGCGGUAUGUUUGUGGUGAUCUCGAUGUGGCUAUAUACCAAAUCCCUAUUUGUCACAAUAAUGACCGUGAUUGCUGUGAUUUUUUCACUCGGGAUCGCAUACUUUAUCUACAUGCUGAUCUUCGAGCUGUCGUUCUUCCCGUUUAUGAAUCUAUUAGCCGUAAUAGUUGUAGUUGGAAUUGGAGCAGAUGACGCAUUUAUAUUCCUUAAGAUUUGGCAGUGUGUUCUUCAAGAACGACGAAAACUUACCGGGGGCAUUGUGGCGCUUGGAUCUUCUUCUUCCUCGUAUGUGGUAGCUGACGGUUCGAACAGCCGAUCGGACACGCUUGUCGGUAUCAUGGCUUGCACCCUGAGACAUGCCGCAUUGUCAAUGCUGGUAACGUCGCUGACCACGGCUGCGGCAUUUUAUGCAUCGUAUGUCAGCUCGAUUACCGCUGUUCGAUGUUUCGGCAUUUUCUCCGGCACUGCAGUGAUGGCCAACUACCUGCUCAUGGUAACUUGGCUGCCGGCGUCCGUUUCGAUAGCCGAGCGCAUAUCUUGCUUCUCCUUGAUGAAACCGUUCGAAGGCUGGGCCGAAAAGCUUAACUAUCCAUUUAAGGCCGUUAGUCAAUUAGGAAGAAAACUUGAGGACGUGAUUAUAUCAUUAGUAAUAGGUGUUCCGCUUCUCUGGAUAGCAUUGUUAGGUAUAAUUGGUGUUCUAAGUGGUGUUACGGUUCUCUACUGGCCAAAACUACGGCUACCGGACUCACCUGAUUUUAAACUGUUUAUCAGUAGUCACCCUUUUGAAAAAUAUGAUAGCGAGUACAGGGAUAUGUUUUGGUUCGAAAAGAUAUACAGCACAUCGGACACUUUCAAGUUACCGCUGCGUUUCGUUUGGGGCGUGCUCCCAGUGGACCGAGGCAAUUAUCUGAACCCGGAGCAACGAGGUAAGUUGUACUUUGAUGAAAGUUUCAACAUGAGCGCCCCGGAAUCGCAACAGUGGAUGUUGGGGUUCUGCAAAAGUCUGAAGAAUCAGACAUUCUACCAGGUGAGCUACGGACCUCUGCUGCCGAACUGUUUCAUCGAAAAUUUUAUCAAUUGGAUGACGCGUCGGUGUAACGACUCUAUGGGAGAAAUUGACCGAACACCCUGCUGUGAGGUUUCUUCAUUUCCGUUUGCACCCGAUGUUUUUGAUAUGUGUUUGCCCGAGUCUAUCUCUAGCUUGUAUGAAACACCGCGGGAGUUUUUCAUACCUGGGGUAGCGGGGCCUAAAUUUGCCAGACAAUCGUUCGUGAAUAGUAGCGGAGCGUUAGCACAGGUGAAGGCUGUUGUGAUUGAGUACGAAAGCAAUCAGGUUUUCACGAUGUCCUAUUCAGAGAUAGAUAACUUUGUAAGAACCGUCGAGGAAUGGUUUAGUCAGAUGCUUCUAGAGGCUCCAUCGGAGAUGAAGAAUGCAUGGUUUAUCAGUGAGUUAGAGUUUUUUGACCUGCAAGACACGUUGUCUACAGGGACGAUGGUUGCCAUUUGUAUGGCCAUGAUAGUUGCAUUACUAGUUUUAUUGUUAGUGACAUUGAAUGUAUUGAUUAGCCUGUACGCUAUUGUGACUGUUACGUUUACGAUACUGACAACCGUUGCCGUUUUAGUGCUACUAGGUUGGAAACUGAAUGUGUUAGAGAGUGUUGCCGUGAGCACGGCGAUAGGAUUAGCUGUAGAUUUUAGUCUGCAUUACGGUGUUCAUUAUAGACUGUCGACCGAGUCGGACCGGAAGUCAUCGACGCAUUUUUCGUUGACCAGAAUGAUCGGGCCAACAGCAAUGGCUGCACUUACUACAGGAAUAGCCGGGGCCUUAAUGCUGCCCUCGAGUGUGCUUGCCUACAUUCAGAUAGGCGUUUUCUUGGUUAUAGUUAUGUCAAUUAGUUGGAUAUAUGCUACGUUCUUCCUAAUGAGUCUUUUGCGGGUGGUCGGCCCUCAGUUUGGAUUUGGACAGUUUCGGUAUCCGAAAUUUAGAUCGAAUUUACGGGAUGGUGCGAAGGCUCAGGUAGAGUCCGGGAAUCGACUGAAUCAUCACCAUCAGAAUACGGUUUCCGAACAGCUGUUAUCUAACUCGAGCUCGGCAGCUGGGGAAUUGGUAGGUUCCGAGUCCCAUGAACUUGAUUCUCUCACGUCCAACUCGAUUAUUAAACCAAUUAACUUGGACAUUUCCAGACCGAUAAAUUUCGAUAGGGCAUUUAAGAAAAAGUAUUCCCUUCCACGGGAACAAAGUCCAUCGACGGCCAGUGCGAUCACCGUUGUACUACCGGAUGAUGUUGAUUCCAAAAGUGGAUAGGUUGGUAAUGUUAGUAUUAGAAACAUGUGAUGCUCAAAUUGAUCUUGACUGGCUUAAAAGCUAGGAGCUUUUUGGACCCCUACUAGGUAGUACUAACGUACUAAUUCUUCGCACGGACUUCCUGUUCCAAAAUUCGCUUAGGUGACUCAUUCGGCAUGAAAGUGGUUAAGCAAAUGAAACGAAACCAAAUGGCAAUCUUGUUUGGACGAAGUAGUUUUACUGAUUUUCUUGACAAUAAAAUUUCUAACAAACAUCGGCUAACGAUUCUAUAUUUAAAAUUUGCCACGUUAGUUAAAAUUAUCUUGUAACAUUAUGGUGCCCAAACACGGUAAUUUGCAACAUUACAGCUAUAGGCAAAUCUACGACGAUAGUUGCAACCUACCUAAAGGUGCUGAAUUAAAUUUAUGUGUCGGAUCUGGGACGGUUCCAACGUGAAAAAACCUCAGAUUCCGGUUUUCGGAUCCAAAAAUAACUUAACACGGUGAUUACAAGAACUUCACAGUCCGUUGAGCAAUGCAAGCUCGGCUAGCUUAAUCAAGAUGUACUUUCUACCGAUGAGGGAAUUUCAAAGAUCAUUUUUACUUAUAAACUACUGACUGGUAUUAAUAGGGAUGAUCAAUCCAACAUGUAUGCUUGACUAUUAAUGGAAUAUUAUUUUUGAAAACGAUUUUCUCGGGAUGAAUCAUCCAAACGGAUGAAAAUCCUUGCAAAAAAAAAAACGAUUUUCGUUACUGGGACUGGAAUUCAAAGCAAGCGUUUGGAGUUAUGUGCCCAUAGAAUAUGAGAAAUUAAGAUCUAUCAGAUAGCCAAAAUGAGAAGUAGAGUAGACUCGGAGGUUGGAAGUACCGUGCCAAGAUCCAGUUACUUUGCUCGGAGCUACAUUAGUUUUGGUAGCAAUAGAUAUUUUAUGAAGUUACUACUAUACUAUACACUGAAAAGUGUCAAAAGCUCAAAGAAAGAGGUGACAGGAAAAAAACAGUUAGACAUAAUUCUCGGUAGAUGCCAAACUAAUGUAACUUUGUUACGUUUACUUUUUGAGAAUAUACUUACUCUUUUAUUCGCAGCAUGUUCGUGAAAAUGUGUUAUGUUUUCAAAAUAAAACCAAUUUGAAACUGAAA